AUAAUGAUCAUUGAUCAAGGGGGCGUAUUUUUGAAUUUUGCCAUGGGCGCCAUUUUACGUAGAUACACCACUGAUUAGCGUAAUGCAUACAUUAUAAUUAUUUGUAUUCGAAAAUACAAAAACCAGAGUACUAGUUGACCAGUUGCACGUAUCGCAAAAAUAUAGCAAAUGCAAAUGAAGUUUUUAUGAGUAGAGGGAAGUGCGUGUUUAAGGAUGCCAGAAUAUAAUUUCUGGAAAGAUCGAACCCAAAUAUUUCUGAAGUUUUGUAUGCGGAUCUUCGGUAAAAAUAUUAAAGUAGCCCUGCGCUAAUCUACUAAUUUAUCCGCUGCGUCAUACUGCGCAUGCUUUUGUCUGAGUCAUGUUUUGAUGGUGCUUUACCAUUUCAUUGUGAACUGCUUUGAGGUGCUGCUAACGUUUAAGUUAAUCAAAGCCUAGUAUUUGUGAUACCCAUAGAUUUGUUUGUAAAGAUCAGGAGCUUGAAAAUAGGCCAAUGGAAGAAUGUGUCAAGAAAGGUUAGGAGGGAACUAUAAUAUCUGUAUAUCUUUGCAUAUGAGCCGAGGCCCUAAAACGGUGAAAUUAUAAAAGUUUGGGUACUCCUGAAGUAUGCGCUCCAAGAUGUCGCACAAUGAACCCUAACCUGGUACACAACUUGGUUUAGGUUGUGCGCCAUCUUGGUGCGCAUACUUCAGGAGUUUGUGUAUAAGCCGCCGAUACAAAUCUUAACAUGUGUAAGCUACUAUCACAGCAAAUAGUUGCUUUAGUGCUAUGGAAGUUAUGCGUGUAUGAGUUGAAUUUUUAGUGUGAUCAAAGUUAUGCGCAUAUGAGCUGACUCCUUAGUUUGGCAAUUUUUUUUUGUAUUUGAGUUCUAAACUCUGUUUAUAUGCAAGGAUAUAUGGUGAGUACAUAUGGUUAUCUAAAGUGUCAUUUACAUCAAUGUGGGACUUUCUGAUCUCCUGAUCAUUGCACAUUACAUGCGAUUUUUAAUCACCUUAUUACGGAAUUUCCUGGUUUCUGCUUCCAUUAUUGAGCAUUGUAUUUUUCAAUGCUUUUACUGCGUAGUAUAAUUUGAGUCAUAACAUGGGGAACACUACCAGGAAAUUUUGCUCAGCAUGCAUCUAUAUAGUGACUGGUAUUAGGACUAGGGUGCUGGUUAUACUCUGUAGAGUGUAUUAGAAAGACUUUGACUCGUUUACGUCAAAGUUUAAAGGAAGUAAAUACGUAGUUGUGACUCAGUGUGAAGUGGAAAAAUGUAUUGUAAUGAGCAGUUUGCUAUAUUUGCAGUUUUUCUUAUAUUGUUUGCUCGAGCUCCGACCUUGAAUGCCACAGGCGAUUGUGUGGUUUGGUCAGUUAACAACACAGAUGGGCUUAUAACUGUCCCUGAUGAGCAGUGCGGGAUAUGGGAGUUCGAAAGUUUACACAAAGAACAGACUCUUUUUCUGAGACUGGAGGAAAUGGACCUGCAAUAUACCGCUACUGAAAGAGUAAAUACUUACUGCAAUGCUGAUGUGAUCAUUGCAGGAAACAACUAUUGCUAUUUUGAACCUGGCACUUGCCUUGUCUCUGGAGUUCGAGAGCUUAACGACUAUUUACAAAUCGACAGCACUCACAAUUGUACCAGUAUCGUUUGGAUGAAAUCGUCAAACAUAUCAAUAAAGUUUAAAAGAAGACUUAAGAAUGGAGAUCCAAGAUUUAAAUUACAGUUUAAUAUCACUGUUACAAAUGCUGCGACGACCAGGAGCACCGUUACUACAAUGUUACCAGAUAUAUCUACAGUAUCGACACCAGAAAAUACUCCAUAUAAAGAAAAACAAACUGGACCUGGUGUUGAGGUUGAGGUUGUUGUUGUGCUCGGAGUCUUACUUCUGAUCUCAUUUAUCAUACUGGGCUUCUUGCUUUUCAGAAUGCAUCGAAAAGGACUGAUAAAAACAAUACUUUUCGGAGAGAGGGGUCAAGAUUUAGUUCAAGUCGAAGAAGUGAAAGAUGACCAACCUGAUGCGAUCACAGUUUACAGUGCAAUGCAACGGCCUAGUAGAGAUCAUGAUCUUCCUAUGAGCAGCGAACGACAAAUAGUGGUCAAUGAAUUGUACUCUUUAUGAAAAAUGGAUAUUGAUAUUUUAAACUUGUGCCCGCGCAGUCACUUGAAUUUAAUCGAGCAGCACUUCGCUUGGGUUACUCUUGUAGUAUGCGAACCAAAAUGGCGGACACCGGAACAUAGUAUGUGUACCAGGUUAGGGUUAGGCCAUAAUUUCAGGUACAAAUACUACGGGAGUUAC